AUUGUUAUUAUUAUUAUUAUUAAAAUAAUCAUCCUGCCUCAGAAGAAAGGAAGGUUUUUGGCAACUCUGGUUAAAAAAAAAAAAAAAAAAAAGAAAGACAACUUUUCAUCAAUGGCCUCUUUUGGAUAUUUCCUGUUUCUUUGUGGGUUGAGUCAGGCUCUGUCAAGUUACCCAAUCUGGUGGUCCUUGGCAAUUGGUCACCAGUAUUCCUCCCUGGGGACUCAGCCCAUCCUCUGCGGGAGCAUCCCAGGACUGGUACCCAAGCAGCUACGCUUCUGUCGGAACUAUGUGGAGAUCAUGCCCAGUGUAGCAGAAGGGGUAAAGAUUGGGAUCCAGGAAUGCCAACACCAAUUUCGAGGGAGGAGGUGGAACUGCACGACUGUCAAUGACAGCUUAGCCAUCUUCGGGCCUGUGCUAGAUAAAGCUACCAGGGAAUCAGCCUUUGUCCAUGCCAUUGCCUCUGCUGGAGUGGCUUUUGCGGUGACCAGAUCCUGUGCCGAAGGCUCAGCCACCAUCUGCGGCUGUGACACCCGCCACAAGGGCUCUCCUGGGGAAGGCUGGAAAUGGGGGGGCUGCAGCGAGGACGUGGAGUUUGGGAGCAUGGUGUCUCGGGAGUUUGCGGAUGCCCGCGAGAACAGACCAGAUGCUCGAUCAGCCAUGAACAGGCACAACAACGAAGCUGGAAGGACCUCUAUUAUUGAACUCAUGCAUCUUAAGUGCAAAUGUCAUGGCCUCUCAGGCAGCUGUGAAGUGAAGACCUGCUGGUGGUCUCAGCCAGACUUCAGGGUCAUUGGUGACUACCUCAAGGACAAGUACGACAGCGCUUCCGAAAUGGUGGUGGAAAAACAUCGAGAAUCCCGUGGCUGGGUUGAAACCCUCAGGCCCAAAUACAACUUCUUCAAGGCUCCAACUGAGAAGGACCUGGUUUACUAUGAGAACUCACCAAACUUUUGUGAGCCCAACCCUGAGACAGGUUCCUUUGGAACCCGUGACAGGAUCUGUAAUGUCACUUCCCAUGGGAUUGACGGUUGUGACCUUUUGUGCUGCGGCCGCGGGCACAACACAAGGACUGAGAAACGGAAAGAGAAGUGCCACUGUAUCUUCCACUGGUGUUGCUACGUCCGCUGCCAGGAGUGCAUACGAGUCUACGAUGUCCACACGUGCAAAUAAAGCAGACAAAACCCUUCGCUGGGCUCCAAGGGGAGAAACAGAUUUGAGCCUACUUCCUCUGAGGUUGCAGACAUGAGAGAAGUCUACAUUUUUGAUAAUAAAAGAAUAAAAACUUUUUAAAAGGCUAAAACUGGUUGGAUAGAAUAGGUCUAAUGACUUCUGGGCUAUCCCAAGGUACAUCUGGCAGUCACACAAGUUACGCCCCAACGAUGCCUCCUCUAGGAGACAGCGGCUUUUCAACCAGCCGACAACACAGAGCUGGAAAGAAGAGCAUUAGCAAAAGCAUGGAUUUGCUCUGCUCUCACCCACGUGAAGUGACUCAUGAUUAAGUGUCCUUUGAAAGACUUGCAUCUUCCCAAGUAUCUCCUUUUCCCUCAGCCAGGCAGAGGCUGUUGGACAGCAGCACUAAGCUUUCUGAGAUCUAUCUACAUACCCAAACGGCCGGACUCUGUGUAUAAUGUGAGCAACAACAACAGCAGCAAAAGAAAUCAAAGCAGAUAAAUUAAUGAUUUAAGGGGGAAAAAAACCAACCACAAAACACAAAUACUCCUUUGCUUUUGCCAUGGAACUGGAGAAGUCUACAAGUAUAUCCUAGAGCUGUAGAGUGGGCA